GGAUCGUCCGCCGCCGGUGCCUGAGCCUGUGGUUCUUGGAGUCGUGCCGAGGCUCGGGGUCGCCGCGCCGCCGGUCGUCCGCCUUCGUGGGUGUGGCUCUGAUGCUGCGGCGGGCUCCGGACGCCCGGAGCUCUGGAAGAAUUUAAGAGGACUUUAUUCAUGUGUAUGUUGUAAACGAUGAAUUCAUCCUCUUCUACUAUGAGUGAAGAGCCUGAUGCUCUGUCAGUAGUUAACCAGCUACGGGAUUUAGCAGCGGAUCCAUUAAACAGAAGAGCCAUCGUCCAGGAUCAGGGAUGCUUGCCUGGACUUAUUUUAUUUAUGGAUCAUCGCAAUCCCCCUGUUGUUCACUCAGCUUUGCUUGCACUGCGAUACUUGGCUGAUUGUCGUGCAAACAGAGAAAAGAUGAAAGGAGAGCUCGGGAUGAUGUUAAGCUUACAAAAAGUCAUUCAGAAGACUACAACCCCAGGAGAAACAAAACUUCUGGCCUCAGAAAUCUAUGACAUUCUUCAAUCCUCCAAUAUGGCUGACGGUGAUAGUUUUAGUGAAAUGAAUUCGCGUCGAAGGAAAGCUCAGUUUUUUCUGGGAACUACAAACAAACAUGCCAAAACAGUAGUUUUGCACAUAGAUGGUCUUGAUGAUACGUCUCGGAGAAAUCUAUGUGAAGAGGCUUUGUUAAAAAUUAAAGGUGUUAUUAGCUUUACUUUUCAAAUGGCUGUUCAAAGAUGUGUGGUGCGAAUUCGUUCAGAUUUGAAAGCAGAGGCUUUGGCAUCAGCAAUAGCAUCAACCAAGGUCAUGAAAGCUCAGCAAGUUGUGAAAAGUGAAAGUGGGGAAGAGAUGCUGGUCCCAUUCCAAGAUGCCCCUGUGGAAGUGGAAGAGAACACAGAGCUGCCUGACUACCUGCCUGAGGAUGAGAGUCCCACAAAGGAACAGGACAAAGCAGUGUCCCGGGUUGGCUCACACCCUGAGGGUGGAGCCAGCUGGUUGAGCACAGCUGCAAACUUUUUAUCCAGAUCAUUUUACUGGUGACUUCAACUUCAGUUUGGGGCUCAAGAACUGUGCAAACCAACAGGGGGCCAGCUUUCCAUUGUGGUGGUGAACUGUCAAGUGCAAUUUGCAAUAGAUUAUCAUGGAACGUUUCUAGAUUACAUGACUAUGUAUGCUGCAUUUUACAUUUGAUUGGACAUUUUUCCCACAGGAUAAUGGCUGCAGGUAAACAGGACCGAGGCUGCAGGUGGAAUUUGUUUAUGAAGGUAUUUUGGUAUUGUUUUUCUUUGUUUAAUUGCCUCACAUUUUAUUUUUAAACAUGGGUCCACUGUUAAAACCAAAUGUAUGUGCAGCUUUACAUUCUGUUUUGCAGAAGCAUGUGAUUAGGAAAACUCAUUUUCUCUGAAGAAAAGUUUUGCAUAGCUUAAGUUGUGCAUGAAGUACUGCAUAUUUUAGCUUUUCUUCAUGAACAGUACAUGACAUGUACUUUGGUACCCUUCUCUGAAAGUUGAAAACAUACCUAGUUAGCCUCUUUCUGUGCCUUUUUUAUUUCACCAACCAUGUUUAUAGAAAGGACAUUAUUAAUGGCAUUUUGCAAAUGGAAUUAUACUUAAUUGAACAUAGCAGUACCUUAAAAAAAAAACCUCUAUAAAAAGCUCUAUAGUCUUACUUGCUGUAAUUUUAAUAAGGUUACUGUAAGCCAGUCAAGACACAGGGACAUAAACAGUAGAAAAGUGCUUCUGGGAGAAUUUGAGUGUGACCAAACAUGGCUCUGUCGACUCCUGCUCACUUAGGUUACAGUGGCUCUCGAGAAUUAAGUCCACUGUGACCUUUCGAGCAACAGAUGGUCUCUUGGCCUUACUCUUUGGUGACACUGUGUCCUGCUAGAGAAAAGUAAUAGUUUAAAAAACUGACAAACUUGAAAAAGAAAACAAUUGGAUGCCUCGAAUGCCUCAGUGCCACUUUGCUCAGUGUGACUUCAGAUGUAAACUGCUUGGCACAUGCCCAUUCCAGAGCUACUUCUUUUUAUUGCCUCUGUUGUUGUUAAGAAAAUACUGUAGUCAAAUUGAGUAAAACAAGACCCAAAUUACUGCUUAGAGAGAAAGAAAGCCAGCAUUGGACACUUACUUAUUUUUCAUGUCUAGCCAGCAAACUGACUUCAUUGAAGGUAAGAGACAUGACUAAAGAUGUACACAUUUGUUUUUUUAAGUAAGACUGAAUUACAUGUAGGUGAUGCUUUCCUAAGAUUCUAAAAUACUUGAUAACUAAUAUUUUCUUUUUAGAAAUCCAGCUAAAUGUACUUUAAUGUCAACAUUGUUAAAAACUAAUAAGAAGAAACUGAAAUGCGUCCUCAUCACUAUGUAGAGCUGCUGCUUUGCUACUUGGAGAAUGUGAAGUUGGACCCUGGAGGGUUUCUUGCAUCUUUGUUGUUUCUGUUUUAAAGAUAAUUGAAACCGUCCGGUGUUACUGGGGAAAAAUAAUUGUAAAAUAUAUGGUCCGUGAGACCAUUCAAGUUCAUUACCUUUGUGGCUUUCUGGAAGGAGGGCAUUGAAAUAGAGCAUUUUUCCACAUAUCUGGUUUCUGAUUCAAGUGAUACGCACAAACAGAAAACAGAUAUUUUCAGGGUAUAUUGAUAAUACAUAAUAAUACUUGCUGCCAGAACCAGAUGUGUUGAAAACAAAACAACAAAAUCACCUCCUUUCUAUAACCAUUAGAGCAAACUUUCUAUUUCAACAUAUUUUUAUUUUAUUUUGCAUUGUGACACAUUUAUUUAAAAACUCUAGCCCUUUUGGUGGUGAUGGUUCAAGACAGUUGGUAUUUUGGACUGAUGUUUGUGUGUAUCUAGACGUUUCCUUAUUCUAGGACUCUGAGAGGAGUCGAGGCAACUCUAAUGGCAAUCUUUGAAAUAUAUUGUAAAAUAAUAAAAGAUAGCAAUGAAAA